CCUGCCCGGGGCGCCUGCGAGGUCUCGCCGCGGAGCGCGCGCGCGGAUCUAUGAAAGGAGGCUCAGAUGAGCCCCUGCUGACUUGAGAGAGAAAGAGAGACCACGCUGAUUGCUGAGAGGAACUGGAAGAAGAAAAAAAUUUCCAAACUCAGUGAGAAGAACUCCCUCACCAUGAGUAGCGCUGUGUUGGUUACUCGCCUGCCAGACCCCAGCAGCAGCUUCCGAGAGGAUGCUCCCCGGCCCCCAGUUCCGGGGGAAGAAGGGGAGACCCCACCCUGCCAGCCAGCGGUGGGUAAGGGCCAGGUCACGAAACCCAUGCCUGUCUCCUCCAACACCAGGCGGAAUGAGGAUGGGUUGGGGGAGCCAGAGGGGCGGGCAUCUCCAGAUUCCCCUCUGACCAGGUGGACCAAGUCAUUGCACUCCCUGUUGGGUGAUCAAGACGGUGCUUAUCUCUUCCGGACUUUCCUGGAGAGGGAGAAAUGUGUGGAUACUUUAGACUUCUGGUUUGCCUGCAAUGGAUUCAGGCAGAUGAACCUGAAGGAUACCAAAACUUUGCGAGUAGCCAAAGCGAUCUACAAAAGGUACAUUGAGAACAACAGCAUUGUCUCCAAGCAGCUGAAACCUGCCACCAAGACUUACAUAAGAGAUGGCAUCAAGAAGCAACAGAUUGAUUCCAUCAUGUUUGACCAGGCGCAAACUGAGAUCCAGUCGGUGAUGGAGGAAAAUGCCUACCAGAUGUUUUUGACUUCUGAUAUAUACCUCGAGUAUGUGAGGAGUGGGGGAGAAAACACAGCUUAUAUGAGCAACGGGGGACUAGGGAGCCUAAGGGUCGUGUGUGGCUAUCUCCCCACCUUGAAUGAAGAAGAGGAGUGGACUUGUGCUGACUUCAAAUGCAAACUUUCACCCACUGUGGUUGGCUUAUCCAGCAAAACUCUGAGGGCCACAGCGAAUGUGAGGUCCACGGAAACUGUGGAAAAUGGAUACAGGUCCUUCAAGAGGAGCGACCCUGUUAACCCAUACCACGUGGGUUCUGGCUACGUCUUUGCACCCGCCACCAGCGCCAAUGACAGCGAGAUCUCCAGUGACGCACUGACGGAUGACUCCAUGUCCAUGACGGACAGUAGCGUAGAUGGAAUCCCUCCGUACCGCGUGGGGAGUAAGAAACAGCUCCAGAGAGAAAUGCAUCGCAGCGUGAAGGCCAAUGGCCAAGUGUCUCUACCUCAUUUCCCGAGAACCCACCGCCUGCCCAAGGAGAUGACCCCCGUGGACCCCGCCGUGUUCGCAGCCGAGCUGAUCUCCAGGCUGGAGAAGCUGCAGCUGGAGCUGGAGAGUCGGCACAGCCUGGAGGAGCGGCUGCAGCAGAUCCGAGAGGAUGAAGAGAAGGAGGGCUCGGAGCUCAUGCUGGGCUCGCGGGAUGGGGUGCCCACCCAGCACCCCCUCUCCCUCCUGCCCUCCGGCAGCUACGAAGAGGACCCGCAGACGAUUCUGGACGACCACCUGUCCAGGGUCCUCAAGACGCCCGGCUGCCAGUCCCCCGGGGUCGGUCGCUACAGCCCCCGCUCCCGCUCCCCUGACCACCACCACCACCAGCAGCUGUACCACCCUCUCCUCCCAGCGGGGGGCAAGCUGCCCCCCGCCGCCUCGCCCGCCGGCUGCCCUCUCCUCGGGGCCAAGGGCUUCGUGACCAAGCAGACCACGAAGCACGUCCACCACCACUACAUCCACCACCACGCCAUCCCCAAGACCAAGGAGGAGAUCGAGGCGGAGGCCGCACAGAGGGUGCGCUGCUUCUGCCCCGGGGGCCCCGAGUAUUACUGCUACUCCAAGUGUAAAAGCCACCCCAAGGCACCAGAGCCCGCACCGGGGGACCAGUUCGGUGGCAACAGAGGCAGCACCCUGCCCAAGCGCAGUGGCAGGGCCGCCGAGCCCAGCCUGGCCCUGGCCGCCAGGGAAGGAGCCGCGGCGCUGCAGCUGCCCGGGGCGGAAGGAGACAGGUCGCAGGAUGUCUGGCAGUGGAUGCUGGAGACUGCGCGGCCAAGCAAGCCCAAGCCCCAUAGUGCCCAAAGCACAAAAAAGGCCUACCCCUUGGAGUCUGCUCGUGUGGCCCCAGCCGAGCGAGCUGGCCGGCACCACCUGUGGGGGGGCAGCAGCGGGCACCCCCGAGCUGCCACCCGUGCCCACCCGUUUACCCAGGACCCUGCCAUGCCUCCCCUGACCCCACCCAACACCCUGGCACAGCUGGAGGAGGCCUGCCGCAGGCUAGCUGAGGUGUCGAAACCCCCCAAGCAGCGGUGCUGCGUGGCCAGUCAGCAGAGGGACAGGAACCACUUGGCCACAGGGCAGACAGGAGCCACACCCUUCUCCACCCCGAGCCUGGUUUCCGAAGAGCACAAAGAGCCAAAGAAGCCAGCAGGGGCCCACGCGCUCCAGGCCAGCGAGCUGGUCGUCACCUACUUCUUCUGUGGAGAAGAGAUUCCGUACCGGAGGGUGCUGAAGGCUCAGAGCUUGACCCUGGGCCACUUCAAAGAGCAGCUCAGCAGAAAGGGAAGUUACAGGUAUUACUUCAAAAAAGCAAGCGACGAGUUUGCCUGUGGAGCGGUGUUUGAGGAGAUCUGGGACGAUGAGACGGUGCUCCCCAUGUACGAAGGCAGGAUCCUGGGGAAGGUGGAGAGGAUCGAUUGAGCUGCGUGGGUCGGCCGUGUCCAGCUGCGGGGCCGGAGCCCGCACGGAUGGUCUGGGACCUGAGCCACCGCCAGGCAACACAGUGAAGGAAAAAAACCAAUGAAGACAAAGUCUAGGGAAGAACUGGCCACCGGGCCUUUGGGAGGGUGGGGGGAGGUCGGUUUUCAUUAUUCACGAGCUGGGUACUGAGAUAAGAAAAGCCUGAACUAUUUAUUAAAAACAUGACCACUCUUGGCUGUUGAAGAUGCUGACUGUAUCUGAGAGACUGCCAUACAUAAUAUAUGACUUCCUAGGGAUCUGAAAUCCAUAAACUAAGAGAAACUGUGUAUAGCUUACCUGAACAGGAAUCCUUACUGAUAUUUAUUGAACAAUUGAUUAUCCCUGCCCCCAGUUUAUGGAUAUGCUGCUUAAACCACGGAAGGGGAGACGGGACGUUCUCAUUGUUCUAUCCAAACUUCGGAGUUGAGCUCGGAGUGCAGUGAUGGUUUCUUCACUGAGGGGGAGGGGCGUUGUGCACGGCCCCGAGUUUUCUCCACGUGAAGACAGAUCUUUCUCGGGGGUGCCCUACCAGUGAUACACGCAGAAAUCGGUGCAUUUUUUUUUUUUUUUUUUUUCUGUGCUGCUGUAUUUUGGCAGAAAGGUCUUGAAGUUUGACUUAAGGUUGCAACAUCACUGCCAGUUCGGGGUCACCUUGUUGGAUGGGAUGAUCAUUGCUGAGUUGGGGGGAGCCUUCUGGGGGCCCCAGAUUCAUCCUGUAACUUGUCGUAGCUCCCCACCAAGGCCGUGCCCAGUGGCUGAGUCCUACUAGAACCUGUGGUUCAACUUGUGCUUUUAUUGACACAACAAUUCCUUGGAGUCUUUUUUUUUUUUUUGAUGACUCUGGGCCACAGCCAUUCUGGAAACAACCCCCCUGCCCUGCAAAGAAGCAAACCGCUGUGGGAAGGCCUAGCAGCACCCCUUUUCCUCCAGACACCUUCAUUUGACGUUUGGGUUUUUGUAUUAAGUUAAUCUGUACAUUCGUCGGCCCUGGUCACUUGUACUAUACGUCUGUAUAUAUCGUACGGCGGAAGAGUGUUAAUCCACUAUCUCUAGUGCUUGACUUUAAAUCAGUACAGUACCUGUACCUGCACGGUGUCCCCGUCCGUGUGUCGCCCUGUAUUGAGGGCUCAAGCUUUCCCUUGUUUUUUGAAAGGGGUUUAUGUAUAAAUAUAUUUUAUGCCUUUUUAUUACAAGUCUUGUACUCAGUGACUUUUGCCAUGGCAUUUCUACUUAUACUGUAAAUUAUGCAUUAUAAAGAGUUCAUUUAAGGAAAAUUACUUGGUACAAUAAUUAUUGUAAUUAAGAGAUGUAGCCUUUAUUAAAAUUUUAUAUUUUUC